CUACCUUGAAAAUCCUUGAAAAUCAGGGAAUAUCAGGGAAUUCAAAUAUGGUCAGGGAAAAUCAGGGAAAAUCAGGGAAUUUUACCACAAUCAGGGAAAAAUGAAAUUCGUUGGAUAUAAAAUAUAAAAGUUUUUAGCCUUCCAGGUUUUAUGUGUACAUUUACUUCAGUGUAUGUUGUUUGUUUUUGUCUGUGAAAAUGGCGCGAAAGUAGAAGUCUUUUACUUUCGUGCAGUUUUUGCCAACUCCGUGUUAAGCCGUUAUUUAUCAGAUACCAUCAUCUCGAGCACCAGUUUGACAAUUGUUGAAUGCAACUGACAGCUGAUAUAUUUGCGCUUUCCGAGCACAGCCAGUAAGAUAGGCGAUGUCACGGGGCUGUUUUUUCGACCAUUUGAAAGAUGUGUUUGCGUAAGAAGAAAUAGAACUGCAAGAAUUUAAGUUUGAAUUUCGUUCAACGGAAGCGACUGUUGGUGCUCGUAGGCAGAAACAGAACUGCAAAAAUUUAAGUUUGAAUUUCAUUUAAUGGAAGUGAUUGUUGAUGCUCGCUUUGUGUUAAAGUUGAGGUGGGUGAGCCAAUUUUAUAAUCGGUGAAUACAGUAAAAUAAUUUAUUCAUUAUUUUAGCAGAGAGGUACGAUAAAAUCAUAAGGUUGUCUGGCAUUCUUCCCCGACUAUCAACUGAAGCGAAGGAAAUCCAGUAGAACUUAGUUCGAAAUGGCAAGCAAAACCACGUUCCAAGGCGUUUGGUUGCAUGACCCGGAGUUUUCAUCAUGGUUGAAACGAAUUGACACUAAGCUAGGAUGCGCAUACUGUUCUGUAUGUUCCUGUGAAAUAGUUCUCAGCAACAUGGGCAAACAGGCUCUCAAAAGUCAUAUGAAAUCAAAGAAGCAUAGUCAACGAACCACAGCCGGAAAUAUUUUCAAAUAUCUAAUGAGUGAUUCACACCAAACGUUCGAACCAGGCACUUCCAAGAAUAUCGGAUUCAGUUGUGCUAGAAAUGAUCAUCCACCUGUGGAAUCAGUACCUACUGUUGCGAUUCCUUCAGUUUCCUCUGCGAGCAUUCUACCUCCUUCGAAAACUAUCGAUAAAUUCAUGCUGAAAAACGAUACCAUCAAAGCUGAGAUCCUGUGGUGUUUGGAAACAGUUAUGUGUCACAAAUCACUCCGCACAGCUGAAAAGGACAUGGUAGUAUUGAGAACAAUGUUUCAUGAUAGCCAGAUUGCUGAGAAGGUUCAACUAGGCCGUGAUAAAAUGAGCUACAUGAUGCUGUUUGGCAUUGCCCCCUAUUAUAAAUCUGAGCUCGAUAAAACUCUGCAUAAUACAAACUGCAUUGUCGUUGGUUUUGACGAGUCCUUAAAUAAGACUACAAAAAAGCAGCAAAUGGAUCUAAAUGUCAGAUUUUGGGAUGAAGAAAAGAAGGAGGUGGUAACUCGUUACAUGACCUCAAUGUUCUUGGGACGAUCUCGAGCAACAGAUUAA